UUUAAUUCUCUAUCGAAUGAUAUCAAGCUUGUCUCGGUACGUUCAACCACUACAAAUAUAUAAUUUUUUAAACAUCACUUUACUUUUACCGCCCACUUUGCCUACUCACGUCGGUUUUUGGACUAUAACUUUUUUUCCUGAGUUUCUAAAAAUCCAAAUUAAAAUACAUUUUGUAGCCCAUUUAAUUCUCUAUCGAAUGAUACCAAGCUUGUUUCGAUACGUUCAACCACUACAAUUAUAUAAUUUUUCAAAACAACUAAGUUCUACUCGCUUAGGUGUACUCAUUCAAAGAGAGAUAUUGACAGACUGACUAAUACAUAAAUAUUUUUAGUAUUUUUUUUCUAGCUGGUGAAAGUAGGGGGGAAUGUGUGGCAGAUUGCUUUGGCUGCUCUUCUUUUUUUCUUUUUUUACGUUUUUCCGCUAAAUCAAUUUGUGAACACGGGCCCUUUAAAAGGUUUUUUUACUACUUUGCUUUUACUCUUUUGCUUCUUCUUUUGCUUUCUUUUUGUAUUUUUAGUAA